AUGCUGAACUUUACCGGUCAAACAAGGAGAAGAAAUGUCAAUUUAGGGAACAGGACUCGAAAUACAAAAAAGGACCUACUGGAAAAGGCUAAAAAAGAACGAGAAAGGAGGGCUCAAGAUAAGCUUAAAACAGAUGCCAGUAAGACUAUUCAGAAAAGCAUUAGAAAGCACUUUGCUAAUGUGGAGCUUUUCAAGAGUACUUUCACAAGUUCACAACUGAUUCAUAUGAUACCAGCUUACGGGGGCAAAUUAAUCUAUUACAUCUCUUCCAAUGAUCUGCAGCAACUACUGAGUAUAUCUCAUGACUUCUUGAGCACCUACCCUAAUUCUCUGGGUAAUAGACAGCUGUUGAAUCUGUUAAAGCUAUAUCAAGAUGAUACGCUCGUAAUGGAAACCCUAAGCGAUCUGAACAUGAAUUAUCCUAUUGUUGAGGAAUUUUUAGAUAGUCUGUCAAUUUAUAUGCGUCUAACUUCUUCCUUAAGUUACUCUGUGGCUUCAAAAAUAGCAGAUGCUAUAGAGGCUUGGGGUGUAAUGGGUAGUGAUGCCUCCGUAAGUAUCUUUUCAAUACCGAUAGGACCCAAUGAAAAACGGCCGUUUGCAUUACAGUUUUAUUGCCUACUUGCGGAAAGAAACCUUUUGCCUAGGCAUGUCAAUAGAGAUUUGAUAUUAUGGGAGAACAUGGCGAAGACAUAUUCGCAUUGCAGUAAAACCGGCCAACGAAAUAUCGCCAAACUACUUAUACCCAACUUCAACAAUCAUAUCUCUCCAUUGAUUUUACCUAGUGAUAACAAUUAUGUACUGGAAUUCUACGAAAAGGCUUUCAUAGACGAAGUCAUCUCUGCUACUACAAAUCACGUUUCUAAUGAUGACUAUGUUACAAAUUUAAUGUGGUACAUUGCAAGCUCACCCAAUCAAAGUUGCAAGAAUUCUGUUCUGAUUACUUUACUUUCUAACAAGGACUUUGUGAGACAACUCUCCUGGCAGUUCUUUCACACAGAAUUCAAUGCCAGCAAGACCGAAGCCCACCCUCUGUUUUCAGUGUUAGCACAACUUAUCGACAUGCAUCUUUUAAUAUCGACUGACCGGGAGUUAUUAGAUCACAAUUCUGUGAUACCCAUUGAAGAAUUAAAGAGAUUUACAUCCACACUAAAGGAUUUUACUUUCCGACAAUAUUGGGAAUUACCUAAAACGGACAGGAACCCUAUGUUAAAAGAAGCAGUGCCACUUUUGAACAAAAUUUACGAAAGAGACUCAAGAUUACACUUCCUAUCCACAGAAGAUAAUUUAACUUAUUGGGAAAACUCUGAAAAACAAUUCCUGAAUUUAAGGUUUUACGAAGAACUGCAGGAGUACGAAGAUUCAUACAGAGAAAACUUAGAACAUGCUAAUGAUGAAGAUGAUGGGAAGGAGUUGGAUCUUGAUAAGGAAAAAAAUUUAUUGAAGUCUUUAUUGUUGAACAAAAUGAAGAAGAAAAUAAAAUCAUCAUUGCGUUUUCGAAAGUUAGAAAUACUUCUUGAAUUACCGUUUUUCAUUCCUUUUGAAGAAAGGGUAGAUUUAUUUUACAUGUUCAUUGCACUUGACAAGAAAAGAUUAUCUUUAGACGACCACCACAACUUAAUGAAUAUGUUUGCUCCUUGGGCCUCGACUGGUAUGAAGAAACAAUCCGCUAUUAUCUCUAGAGACAAUGUCUUAGAAGAUGCUUUCAAUGCGUUCAACUCUAUAGGAGAAAGGUUCAAAGCACCAUUGGAUGUUACUUUCAUCAAUGAAUUCGGUGAGGAAGCCGGUAUUGAUGGUGGUGGUAUCACCAAGGAAUUUUUGACUAAUGUGUCUGAUGAAGGAUUCAAAGAUCCAAAGCAUGAAUUAUUCCAGACAAAUGAUCGUUAUGAGUUAUAUCCUUCUGUUGUUUAUGACUCUAAGAAACUGAAGUUUAUAUGGUUCCUUGGAAAGGUUGUAGGUAAAUGCCUAUAUGAGCACGUUCUGAUAGAUGUAUCUUUUGCUGAUUUUUUUUUGAAAAAAUUGUUAAAUUGCUCGAACGGAUUCCUUUCUUCUUUUCCUGAUCUGGGAAGUUAUGACUCAGUUCUGUAUAGUAAUUUGAUCAAAUUAUUGAAUAUGACUGUUGAUGAAAUAAGGUCUUUGGAUUUAACAUUUGAAAUUGAUGAACCUGAAAGUCCUGCGAAAGUGAUCGACUUAAUUCCGAACGGUUCAAAAACAUACGUGACAAAAGAUAACGUGUUGCUAUACAUUACUAAAGUAACGGAUUACAAAUUAAACAAAAGAUGUUUCAAACCAGUUUCGGCAUUUCAUGGGGGCCUCAGUGCCAUUAUUGCUCCACAUUGGAUGGAAAUGUUCAAUUCAAUAGAAUUACAAAUGUUAAUAUCGGGUGAAAGAGACAACAUUGAUCUAGAUGAUUUGAAGUGUAACACAGAAUACGGAGGUUACACAGAAGAUGACCAGACUGUUGUAGAUUUUUGGGAGGUUUUGAACGAGUUUAAGUACGAGGAUAAACUAAAUUUCUUAAAAUUUGUCACCUCCGUUCCACAGGCCCCGUUACAAGGCUUCAAGGCAUUAGAUCCUAAAUUCGGUGUAAGAAAUGCUGGAACGGAAAAAUACAGGUUGCCUACGGCAUCUACUUGCGUUAAUUUAUUAAAGCUUCCUGAUUAUAGAAACAAAAGAAUUUUGAGAGAGAAGCUAUUGUAUGCAAUAAAUUCAGGCGCCAGGUUUGACUUAUCAUGA